CGCUAUACUGACUGUAACCGCUUCGAACAUCGGCUGGCGGGAUGAUGAAAAGAGUCAAGACUCCGUACAAGUGCAGCGAAUCGACACAUUGGCGAAUCAGGCCAGAAAAAGAGCCUAAGAAGACUGGCGAAGGGAGUUCUCAGCAGGCGAGUAAGGGGAAGAUGCGAGACGGCGAGCUCACGAAGAUGGCUGCUGAAAUGGUCACCCUCAAGAAGCACCUUGAGGACAUGCGGAGUCUGAAGUAUGAGAUCGCGUCCCUCAAGGGAUCGAUCUCUAAGCUGAAAUUUCCGGUGGUGCGGCAGUUCAUAUCACCGCGACAACUUCGCAACGAGAAUGGAAAUACUCCGGCGAAGAAGAGCACUCCGAAAGCAAGCGGAGGAGAACCAAGUAGAAUUAAGAGGAAAACACAGCAAGCAAAAGAUCCGCAAAAGAGCGCACGGCGAUCCUCGGCCCGACGAAGGAUUCUGCAAGGGAAACAACUCUCCGAAGACAUGCUGAGUGCUCUCCAGAUGGAAGAUCUCAAACAACUGUGCGCGAUGCAUAAAGUUCGGUACAGAGGCAUGCCUCAAGCAAAGGUGGCACUUCGAAAGAUUCCAGGGCUGAUCAUCUCGGAUACGGAAGACCUGCUAGAUAAGACGGAGACCGGCGCUGAAGCACAGGGAAAAAAUCCGGAUGAGCGGACUGACAACCACGCACUUACUGCUCAAGCCUACCGAGGAGGCAAGCUCCUCCGAGAGGAGGCAAGCUCCUCCGAGGAGGUUGAUGUGGAACUCUCCGAAGAGUCGAUGGCAUCUAGGGACGUACAACCUAGCUCGCACUAGCAACCACGCACUUACUGCUCAAGCCUACCUCCAACUGCAAUAUGGAGCCUCAUCACGCAGUGUAGAAGUGCACUUGAAGGACUUAUGAAAGAUCGAAAUUGGAAGGGCUGCACUAUAGUCAAUAAAGCAUUUAGACUUGC